AUGACGACCCAGGAAUUGGGGAGCAAGGCGACGGCGAUACCUGGCCUUAGCUGCGCAAAAUUUUUGACGCUGCGGUGGCUGACAAGGCCAAAUUUGAAGCCAAACGGCUAUCCCAAGGCCUGCACUCGCUGCGACGAGUGGCACGGCGGAGCUGUAUUCUACAGUCCCAGGAAGCUUGCCAGCGAGCGCGCGCGCAAGGCCGCAGAACUGGACGAAGCCGCGGAGCUACAACUCCAAAAAGCUCGCGAUAGAGAGAUUAAAGCGGCAGAAGCAGCUGAGAAAAAGCGCUCUCAAGAAGCUGCAAAGGUGGCUCGACAACAAGCCAAAAUUGCUAAGGAUGCGGAGCAGUUACGGCAGCGUGAGGAGAAAGCUGCCAAACGGGCACUUAAAAAGCUGCAACAAGCUGCAACCGCUCAAAAAAGUCGCGAUACAGCAAAUAAGCGUAAGCGAGAAGCCUCACACAAGCCAGCAAAAAAACCGACAAAGCGUCGUCGUGUUGUUGCUCCAUCAAGUGGUGUGGUUGCUGGUCCGCCCGAGGCGUCUCCUCCACCCAAAUUUAGCCUGCGCAACCGCCAAAUCAAGACGCCAGCGAGAUACAAGUAG